AUAUAUAUACACUGCUUCGUACCGUAGUGCGCACUAUAUACCUAGUACACUACAAUUACACACUUACUUGCUUGCGCUCCACGGUCGUGCACUCUAGUCCGUGACUACUACUAUUGCAGCCAUCGCCGCCAUCGCCGCCGACUCGAGUUCAUCGAUAACGCUUGACCAGGGAAUCCCAGUCGCAAUUUCCGAUACACGAUCUCGAACGGUGCUGCGUCAACUGUUCCGGAAAAAUGGCAAAAACCUUCUCGUCCAUCAUCAAUCCCAACCAUAUAUUAAAAUUCCGUGACGCUUUUUACAAUGAUGCCAAAAAUGUGUUGGCCCAAAAUGCCUGUUCUCGCGUCAGCCCAACAGAAGUUAGCACAUCAAGAAAUAGAGUACAGGAAUGCCAUCAUUAUUACACGCACAAGAUUGAAUCUGAAGGCAAACCAGUAACUAACCAAAGAAGUUCAGGUCGUUGUUGGAUAUUUGCAUGUUUAAAUGUGAUCAGAGUUCCAUUCAUCAAACAAUUCAACUUAGAAGAAUUUGAGUUCAGCCAAGCUUAUAUAUUUUUUUGGGACAAGAUUGAAAGGAGCAAUUAUUUUUUAAACGCAAUUGUUCAAACCGCUAAACGUGGUGAAACUGUUGAUGAUAGAACUACUGCUUGUUUACUCACUAAACCUAUUGAAGAUGGAGGUCAGUGGGAUAUGUUAGUAAACAUCAUAACCAAGUAUGGGUUGAUGCCAAAGAAGAACUUCCCAGAGUCAUUUAGUUGCGAAACAAGCAAUACUGUUAAUGUUAUACUGAACAGCAAGCUCCGAGAAUUUGCCAUAAUUUUGCACAAACUUGUCAGCGAUAAUGCAACAGACAAUGAGAUUAAAACCAAAAUCGAAGAGCAAAUGGAGGUUAUUUAUAGAAUUGUUGGUAUUUGUAUGGGUAUACCACCAGCUACAUUUGAAUGGCAAUACUAUGACAAAUCUAAAGUGUUCAACACUGUUGGACCUAUCACUCCGUUGGAUUUCUAUUUGACACAUGUCCGUCCUGUGUUUGAUGUUGUAGAAAAGGUGUGUUUGAUUUCGGAUCCACGGCCAAACAACCGGUACGGUAAACUGUACACAUUGGACAUGUUAAAUAACAUGGCUGGUGGACGCAAAGUUCUUUAUAACAACCAGCCCAUUGAAGUAUUAAUCAAGGCAGCUCAAGAAUCGAUUGUUAAUAAAGGUGAACCAGUUUGGUAUGGAUGUCAAGUGAGCAAAAGAUUUUCUGAUAAGCUUGGAUUGGAGGAUUUAAAAAUUCAUGAUUACCAGCUAGUAUUUGGAACUGAUGUAUCAAUCCCGAUGACUAAAGCUCAACGUAUGUUAUAUGGUGAAUCUGCCAUGACACACGCGAUGGUACUAACUGGGGUCAAUGUAGAUAAUGGUAAUGCAACCAAGUGGCGUGUUGAAAACUCCUGGGGUGAAGAACGUGGUGACAAGGGUUACUUGAUGAUGACCACAGAUUGGUUUAAAGAAUACGUGUUUGAAGUGGUUGUAGACAAGAGUCUUUUAUCUGAAGAGGUGUUGUCUGUGUUUCAACAAGAACCUCAAGUACUUCCCAUUUGGGAUCCAAUGGGAACAUUAGCCUAAUUAUUACUGAAUUAUUAUUUUGAAUUUUUUUUCCAUACUUAUCUUAUUUUGUAUGAAGAUUAUAUAAUAUACAGUUAUUACAUGAAAUGUA